AGCGGGGCGGAACCUUCUGUUACAGACUGGAAAAAUCAGCAGUAGAGCAACAUUCGUCGAGUUGAAAGUUACAACUGAUUACAGGCAGAAAUGGACAUAAAACCAGAAUUAUGUUUGUUCCGUGAAGCUCAUUAUGUCUUAAUGAUCGCGUCUGUUUGAUGAGGAGGAUCGCGCUCGAUGUUACAGGAAGCGGGGGAGGAAGAGCCGCAGCGACUCUAUUUUUAUCUUUUUGUAUUAUUUGGACUCGACAUGAGCUAAAGUACCGUCACGGUCUGUGUGUCUGACAACACCGAACAAACGGGCCGUUAACGGACACGAUCGAGGCGGGGAAGGAUCCAGCGCGAGCGGACGGAGCCGCAGGGAAACCCUGUGCCAUGGAUUUAAAAACGGCUGUUUUUAACGCCGCCAGAGACGGCAAGCUGAGGCUCCUCCAGAAACUCUUGGAGAACAAGAGCGAUCACGACGUCAUGAAGCUCAUGGCAGAGAAGACCAACGGAGCCACGCCGUUACUCAUGGCGGCCCGUUAUGGACACCUGGAGCUGGUGGAGUUCCUGAUCGAGUGCUGCUGCGCUCCCGUGGAGAUCGGCGGCUCUGUGAACUUCGACGGCGAGGUCAUCGAGGGAGCGCCGCCACUGUGGGCCGCGUCGGCCGCCGGACAUUUGAAAGUCGUCCAGUCUUUGCUGGGACACGGUGCCUCUGUCAACAACACGACUCUCACGAACUCCACCCCGCUCAGGGCCGCGUGCUUCGACGGACAUUUGGAUAUUGUCAAAUACCUGGUGGAGCACAAGGCCGAUCUGGAAGUGGCCAACAGACACGGACACACGUGCCUGAUGAUCUCCUGCUAUAAAGGCCACCGGGAGAUCGCGCAGUACCUGCUGGAGAAAGGAGCCGACGUCAACAGGAAGAGCGUCAAAGGUAACACAGCUUUACACGAUUGCGCUGAAUCCGGGAGCUUGGAGAUCAUGAGGAUGCUCCUGAAGUACGGCGCCACCAUGGAGAAGGACGGUUACGGAAUGACCCCGCUGCUCUCGGCCAGCGUGACGGGCCACACCAACAUCGUGGACUUCCUCACGCAGCACCCGCAAACGGGCCGGACGGAGCGCAUCAACGCUCUGGAGCUGCUGGGGGCCACGUUUGUGGAUAAAAAGAGGGAUCUGCUGGGAGCGCUGAAAUACUGGAAGAGAGCCAUGGAUCUGCGACACGGCGACUCCAACCACGUGCUCUCCAAGGAAGAGCCCAAGCAGCUGGUGAUGGCGUACGACUACACCAAGGAGGUGAACACGGCGGAGGAGCUGGACAGCUUGAUCGCUGAUCCCGACGACAUGCGCAUGCAGGCGCUGCUCAUCCGCGAGCGCAUCCUCGGCCCGUCGCACCCCGACACGUCCUACUACAUCCGCUACCGAGGAGCCGUCUACGCCGACUCGGGGAACUUCGAGAGGUGCAUCAAGCUGUGGAAGUACGCGCUGGACAUGCAGCAGAGCAACCUGGAGCCGCUCAGCCCCAUGACCGCCAGCAGCCUGCUGUCCUUCGCCGAGCUCUUCUCCUUCAUGCUGCAGGACCGCGCCAAAGGCCUGCUGGGGACCUCCGUGUCUUUCGACGAGCUCAUGGAGAUCCUCGGCAAAAGCGUGCUGGAGAUCGAGCGCGCCGUCAAGCGGCCCGGCCCGGACCCGGCUCAGCUCAGCAAGGUGCUGUCCAUCAUCCUGCACCUCAUCUGCCUGCUGGAGAAAGUGCCGUGCACGGUGGAGCAGGACCACUUCAAGAAGGAGACCAUCUACAAGUUCCUCAAGCUGCAGGCCUGCGGGAAGAACGGCUUCAGCCCGCUGCACCUGGCCGUGGACCGGAACACCACCUGCGUGGGCCGCUACCCCGUCUGCAAGUUCCCGUCCUUCCAGGUGGCGUCCAUCUUGCUGGAGUGCGGCGCAGAUGUCAACUGCCGGGACGAGGACGACAACAGCCCGCUCCACGUGGCGGCGUCCAACAACCACCCUGACAUCAUGAACCUGCUGAUCUCCUGCGGCACGCACUUCGACAGCACCAACUCCUUCAAGCAGACGGCGUGCGACCUGCUGGACGAGAAGGAGAUGGCCAAGAACCUGAUCCAGCCCAUCAACCACACCACGCUGCAGUGUCUGGCGGCGCGCGCCAUCGUCAAACACGGCCUGACGUACCGCGGCAACAUCCCCGAGCGGCUGGAGGCCUUCGUGCUGCUGCACAGAUAGUGACGCUCCGGCUCCGGAUCAUCGGCAUGCAGCUCCUACCAUCUUUGCUGGGGUUUCUUCUGUGUUUCUUGCCGCUUGUCGACGGGUUUGCUUUCUCUUACUAUCUCUAUGCAAAGACGGUAGGACCCGCCGGUUCACUGGAACGCUGUCAUCGCUCCCCUCCAGCGUAAACGAGCAUUAUGAUGAUGAUGUGCUUGAUGUUUGCAGAUACCAUAAGUGCUUUUACUCCUCCUAUGCACAGGCUGUAAUAUCGGGACUGUUCUGUGUUACUGGAUUGUGCCACGUGUUCAUGUGAAUGCCUCUUUUUUUGUUACUGUACAUUUCCUCAGCAUCUCUUAAUCUGGAUCAUGAACUGGUUCUGUUUGGCACGAGGUUUUGAAUCUGUGAUCUUUGAACCCGGACGAGCUGUAAAAACCAAACCAUUGGCCCAAUAGUCAUUGCACAGCAUGAGCUGAAGUGUAACGGUUUAGAAAUAUUGUACCGACAUUAGCUUGAAGUCGAGUUUAUUUUGUGAUGAUGAUGAUGAAUCUUCAGCUCUGUGUAGUUUAAGUUCAACUUUACAUGUGUGCGGUUUGAACUCAAGGGCUUCUGAUUCUUUUACAGGCACGAUACACUAGUAAAUGAAACAAAUGUACAGUCAAAGGGAUUUGCACUUUAUUGCAGUGAAAUUUGAUAUUCAUAUUACAAUAGCAUAAAGCUUGUUGAUGUCCUUAGAGCAUAAUUGAUAAUAAACCUCUGUUGCACUCGA